UUUCUUCUCUCUCUCUCUCCUUCUAAUUAACUGAUUGCAAUUGUGUAAAAUUAUUAAUUGUUUUACCUUUUUCCCUUUUGUGAUUCUUCUUGUCUCAAUGAUAGAUUAAUUUGUUUUCUCUGUUUCUCUUUGUGUGUGGAUCUUUGGUUGGAAAAAGAUGAUACGAUUCAUGGUUUUACCGAUUUUAUUGAUUGGUUUUCUAUUCUCAUGGUUUAAUCUUAGUCAUGGUUUAUAUGAGGAUCAAAUUUACAAAUGGGAUUGGAGACAACGAUUUAUUGGUAUAGAUGUUGAUAAUUGUCUUAGAUCAAAUAGUGAAAGUAAAGAAUUAAUCUUCUGUGUAACCGGUGAGACAAAUGUUGUCUCGGCAAUUACAAGGAAAGGUGAGAUUGCCUGGAGAAAUGUCCAAGAGGAACAAGGGAAAACCAUUGGUAGUGCUCUUGGUUCAACGGGUGAUGGUUUAAUUACAAUUAGUUUGUAUAAAACUAAAAAUGAGAGUAAAAUUUUCCUUCGUAAAUGGUCACAAGAUGAUUUUGGCUAUUUAAUUGUGGAAAGGAAUCAUUUCCUUCAAGGUGAUGGUAAUUGUUUGGCUUCCAUUGAUCCAGUUAAAAGCUUGAUUACAAUUGUAUGUGGUCAAUCAGUUAAUCAACUUAAAUCAUUCCAAUUUUUAUUAACUAAAGAUGAUUCUGCUUCUAAACCAAUUGAAAGUGAACAUUCAUCUCUUGAAGAUAAUCUGGUUAAUGUUAAUUUAGAAAAUGAUUGUUUAAUUGUUGGUUACAAUAACAUCAUUUGCUUAACAACAACUUCAAUUCAUCAUAAUAAAUUGGGUGAAUCAAAAUGGUCCAAUCAACCUCUUCCUAAAGCCUUAACCAAUGGUGGAAGAUAUAUUCUUGAUAAAAUUUCUGAUCAAAAUGGAAUCGAUUUAGGACAUUUCGGACUUAGAUCACUUCGAGCCGAUGGUCAAUUGGAAAACUAUUACCUUUACAAAUUGAACACUAAUGGCGAUGGAUUGAAAUUACAAACAGUAUUUCCUAAAUUACAAAGAUUGACAAUAUCAUCUAAUUCUGGUGAAUCUAAUGGUGAACAAUUUUUCGGUAUAUCACCGGUAAAUGAUGGAAUCGAAGUUUACAAAAUUGGCUCUGAUUGGAAAUUGGAAAAAUUAUUCUUCACUUCAAUUGAAACUAAUUCUCAUGCUAAUGGUGUUCACAGAUUCUCAUGUGUUAAAUUUGGUUCACAAAUUGAAUUUAUUGUAACUUUUGAUGAUCAACGAAUCGUUUCCUACAUACAAGGAAUAUCUAAUUGGUCUCGAGAGGAAAGUUUAUCUUCAAUCAUUUGGUCACAAUUUAUUUCGCUACCUUAUUUUUCAUCGUCAUCAACAACCAGUCAAAAUGAUAAUUUUGGAUUACCAAAUGAUUUCCUAUUUCUUUCAUCUUUCAUUAACCGUCUUUACUCACAAAUAUCAUCCAUCCAAGAAUACAUCAUCUCAUCAUAUGGAACUUUAUUCACCUCUGAAGCAACAAGAUUAGCUUCAAUUAAAGAUGAUUAGGAGAAAUCACUAGUCUCUGAUGUAUUUGGUUUCCAUAAAUUACUAUUCAUUGUUACUCAAAGAGGAAAACUAUUUGUCCUGGACAAUGUUCGAAAGGGUAAAAUAAUCUGGUCCCAUUAUGAUGCUCGAUUAAAAGAUGAUAUUAUCCAAGAAAGUAGACUAAUCGAUUCAAUUGAAAUGGAAAGUGGAAGAAAAUGUGAUAAACUACCAGUUCUAUCGGUUCACCUUCAACGAAACAAUUUAUUCUCACCUCGAGUGUCCAUUGUCUCACCUAUGGGUUAUAUCAUCUCCUACAAUCCAUUGGAAGGUCGUGUUGAAGAGGUUAAAGAUUAUAAGAUGCGAAUUAAAUUGUCAAUGUUAAUGCACCAUUCAGAUGAUGAAGGGGUUAAAGGAUUAAUUUUGAUGAAUGAAGAAGAUAAAGUUUCCUUUUAUCCAGAAUCAACUCGAGAUACCUUUUUAUUGCAUAAAGAUAAUUACUACAUGAUGGUUUCCAAACAGACAAGUGAAAAAGUAUCAGGUUAUUCACUGAGACACCUUGAAUCAGGUGUACCCAAGGGAGAGGGCGAUAUUGCCCUUAAAGUGUGGAGUUUAAAUUUACCCUCUUUAACUGGAUCGUGUCUUCAGGUUCGAUGGAAAGAGGUUGAUGAACAUGUUCACUCUCAGGGUAAAGUUCUGGCCGAUCGAGCUGUUCUUUACAAGUAUCUUAAUCCAAAUUUGGUUGCAUUGGUUAACCGAGGUGAGGAAAGUUCCGAUGAAGAUUCAGGCCGAAUCAAUGUGGUUCAAUUUUAUCUUCUCGAUGCUGUUACCGGUUCUAUUUACUAUUCGGUUGUUCAUCGACGAGCUUCCGAUCCAGUUCAUCUUGUUCACUCUGAAAAUUUUAUCAUCUACUCAUUUUACAAUGAGAAACAACGUCGAAUUGAAAUUAGCUCAUUGGAACUUUUCGAGGGUAAAGAAAUGCCACCACCGCCACCGGUGCGAACACCGCCCAAAAUUAUUGAACAUCUUUCCUUUAUUUUCCCCACUGGAAUACGAGCCAUGAGGGAGACUCAAACAAUUCGCGGUAUUACCAAUAAGCAUAUUCUAAUUGCUCUAACCUCCGGUGGUAUAUUAUCUUUACCCAAAAUUUUCCUCGAUCCUCGUCGAGCUUCAUUCGCCAAUUCAAAGUAUGCAUCUUCGGCUGCAGCCAUGGAGGAAGGUGGUGUCUACCUACCACCCUACAUACCUGAAUUACCGAUUCCCUCGGAAGGAAUAAUUAACUACAAUCAAUCGGUAGUCGAUGUUAACCGAAUUUAUGUUGGUUCAUCUUCCCUUGAAUCUACAUCACUUCUUUUUAUCACUGGUCUGGACAUUUACUAUACUCGAGUUACCCCUUCUAAAACUUUCGACAUACUUAAAGACGAUUUUGAUAAUCUUUUAAUAAUUAUUGUUCUUACUGCUCUUUUGUUAUUUUCUAUUGCAACUAAAUAUCUGGCAUCAAGGAAAACGCUCAAUGCUGCCUGGAAAUAAUAGUGUAAAGUAAUUAAUGCAAACUCCUAAUUAUACAAGUCGAAAGUUAAUUAGGAAAUGAUAAAAACAAAACAAACAGAAAACAAGAAAAAAAAAUAAUAGUUUGUAAAACUUUGCCCGAAUCAAAUAUUGUAAUAAUUUAAUUUACCAACUAAAUGUGAAACCUUUCAUGUUAUUGAAUCAAUUUUCAAUAAAGACUUUUUUUCAGAAAACAAAA